AUACUGGUCGGUCUACAUUCCUUUAGCUUGGUCUUCCUGGUUGAAGACGGAAUUUUUACUUUUGUUUGUAAAGCUUCAGGUGAUCAGGAAGUGAAAGAGAUGAAAAAUAGCUUGACUGGUCAGGAGGCUGCAGUCUCUCAGCAUGCUGGAAGGAAGGUGAUCCACACCUGAACUGGCACAUACACCUCACCCAACCAUGGAGGACUUUUGUAGGAACUAUUUGGAAUUUGUGGUGUGUCUAUGGGAUAAAAUCUGGCCUCCAGAGACGAUAAGGGAACCGUCUGCGCCUACCAUAGAACAUAAUGCAUCCGGCAAGACUCCAAGUGUGGACAUUGUCAAUGUUUUGUAUGACUUUGAGGCCAGAGACCAGCAAGAACUGAGUGUGCAAGCCGGAGAGGAACUCUGCAUUAUCAGUGAUGAGGGGGAUUAUAUAAUGGCCAGGAAACUAACAGGAAACAUGGAGGUGGGACUGGUGCCGGCAAAUUAUAUAUCGUCUUUAAGUUUCAACCCUGAUCCCCUCCAUAGCACUAAUGCCAGCCAUUCAAUGACCGACAUUACUGGUCAACCCAACAACUACUGCUUUGAUAGCAUCCCCAGUCUGAGCAAUGAAGCCUGGUAUAUAGAAGUUUCCAAUAGACUAGAAGCAGAGAGAUUGCUGUUGUCCCCUCCUAAUGCCCAUGGCUCCUACCUGGUCCGCCCUAGUGAUACCAAUCUUGGACUCUUUUCAUUAUCAGUUCGCAAUGAGAAUAAAGUCACUCAUUUCCGCAUCAACAUGAACUCCAAGAGGGAGUAUUACUUGCAGAGUGGAAGAAGCUUCAAAACCAUCCAAGAACUUGUGAUCUUCCAUAAAACAAACUGGAAACUUCUGAAAAGUCCUUUGCUGCAGCCGUGUAUGUUGGAGAUUGACCUUACUCAAACCUGGGAGAGGUCACGUUCGGAGUUCGAGCUGGUCAGAAAGUUAGGACAAGGAUUUUUUGGAGAAGUUUAUGAAGGCGUCUGGAAUGACACGGUAAAAGUAGCCAUAAAGACCUUCAAGGAAGAUGACCUCAACAGAAGUGACUUUGAAAAGGAGAUACAUGCUCUCAAGAAUAUUUGUCACAGGAAUCUCAUCCAGUUGCUGGCCUUGUGCACAAUUGGAGAACCUGUCUACAUUGUCACUGAGCUUAUGGUCAAAGGAAACCUAAAUGAAUACUUGAAAGGUCCUGAAGGCAAGCGACUAAAAAAUGCUGACUUUCUUCAGAUGAUUUGCCAGGUGGCAGAUGGUAUGGAAUAUCUGGAAAAGAAACAAGUUGUCCACAGGGAUCUGGCCACACGAAAUGUUCUAGUUGGAGAAAACCUUAUCUGCAAGAUUGCUGAUUUUGGAUUGGCUCGGCUACUUAAGGAUGAUUAUUACUCUCCAGAAAACAAUCGUACUAUUCCAAUAAAGUGGACAGCACCCGAAGCUUUAAUGUACUGUAAAUAUUCUACAAAAUCAGAUGUGUGGUCAUUUGGGAUUGUGAUGUUUGAAGUGUACACCCUUGGAGAUAUGCCAUAUAAAGGAUUGAACAACCGAGACGUGGUCACAAAAGUCACUCAAGGCUACAGGCUGCCGCAACCACCUGUUUGCACUAUGGAUAUAUACAACCUAAUGCUGCUUUGCUGGGAGGACAAACCACAGGAUCGGCCAAGUUUCCAGGAGUUGGUGGAAAAAUUAACUGUCAUUCAGAGGACAGUCCAGUAAAUGGGAACAACCCCUGACUUGUAGGAAAUCUGGAGAACGUCAAUAGUAAUUGACAACUAUGGAGGAUGGGAGUGUUCAUCAGUGGGUAUUAUACCCCUUGCCAAUGGUCAAGAAUGAGGAACUUCUGACUGCAAAAAUUUCACCUUGUUUUAUGACAGACACUAGGGGAAACUUCUUUCCAUCAUGGCAGGAAAUUCAGAGAAUGUGACCACAGAAUAAUAACUGUACCGGAAAGGGUGAAACAAACUUGUGGCUGAGCUUAAAAUGUACUCAGAAGCCCAAGAUACAAACAAUCUGUAAAGAUUAUGAGAAACUCUUACCAUUUUACAAAUAUCAUGAACAUUGAGCAAAUGUGCAAAGAAACAAAGAUAACAAUGUUGAUACAUCUUAUUUUUAACAGUGCAGUACUAUAUACGCUCCUUAUAUUUCAGAUAUCACUUCCAUCAUGUAAACAGGUUUGUUGUUCUCAUUACCCAGACAUGCACUGUGUAUAAGAUUCCAAACUGAGUGGAAGAAGGAAAGCGACAACUGCACUGAGCAGAUUUCCAGCUCAGAAAAGUGUUGUCACUUGUCAACUGUAACUACUCCAGUAACACCCCAAUAUGAAUAAGAAUAUAACUACUAUAUUACUGCUAUCACUAAGCGAACACAAAAUAUAACCUUUAAUAUAGACAUUAAAAAAUAUCAAAUAAACCCCAAAGUAUAGAUACAGUAAGAUAGUAUACAAAUGAUAGCUCAUGCCUACACCAGGAUAAUAGGUCAAUGUAGUGCCUUA